AUGUUUCGUGUUGCCACUCCACUUGCUUCGUUGCCUUUUUUCGUGGGAUCAGCGGCUGCGGAAGAGGUGGAGAUAAUCUACCGCCGAGAGCUGGAGAACCACAUCCUAACCGUGGAGCAACCCGAUUCAUCCUCCUCCUCGGACAGCAUCUUCUACUACGACGAAGCUUCCCAGACCAAAAUCCAGCAGGAGAAGCCAUGGGCCACCGAUCCCAACUACUUCAAGCGCGUCCAAAUCUCCGCCCUCGCGCUCCUCAAGCUGGUUGUCCACGCGCCCUCUGGCGGCACGAUCGAGAUCAUGGUUCUUAUGCAGGGGAAGACCGAUGGCGAUAACAUCAUCGUUAUGGACGCUUUUGCCUUGCCUGUUGAAGGCAUGGAGACUAGGGUUAAUGCUCAGGCUGAUGCUUAUGAGUAUAUGGUUGAGUACUCUCAGACCAACAAGCUGGCGGGGAGGUUGGAGAAUGUUGUGGUAUGGUAUCACUCUCACCCUGGGUAUGGAUGCUGGCUCUCGGGUAUUGAUGUCUCGACGCAGAUGCUUAACCAACAGUAUCAGGAGCCUUUCUUGGCUGUUGUUAUUGAUCCGACGAGGACUGUUUCUGCUGGUAAGGUUGAGAUUGGGGCGUUCAGGACUUAUCCGGAGGGGCAUAAGAUCUCUGAUGAUCAUGUUUCUGAGUAUCAGACUAUCCCUUUGAACAAGAUUGAGGACUUUGGUGUUCAUUGCAAACAGUACUUUUCGUUGGACAAGUACUGGGUGAACACUCUUUCUUCUUCCCCACUUUUGGGCAAUGGAGACUAUGUUGCUGGACAGAUAUCAGACUUGGCUGAGAAGCUUGAGCAAGCCGAGAGUCAGCUGGCGCACUCCCGGUUUGGAGGAGUACCGGCCACUAACGAUGGUGCGACGAUCUUGGAGAAAAUGGAUGUUGACAACCAGAUUGCGAAGCUUAUGGUUGAGCUAUCACGGAGUCAGGAUUAUGAGAUUGGUGAUGGCACAACGGGCGUUGUUGUCAUGGCUGGUGCGCUUCUUGGUUUAGGGUGCUGGAAAAUAGGAGCAUGA